ACCUCCCUCUAGAUGAAAUUUGUCAAUCGACUGGUGACAGACCGUGUACUCUGGACAUACGCAGGUUCUCAGCUGAGGGUAUCUUCCCUUGUUUAUGUAUGUGUGACCCUGUCAGACUGCUGAACAAGRGGUCAAGGCAAAGUGAGUCUACACAACUAAGCAAGCAAGGAAAGUAAACACACCACAGACACACGCACACACACACACACAUAUUAACAGGCACAUUAUUCACAUACACACAUACAAAUACACACAUCUACACAGACGUCGGGUCCAUCCAGACGCCCUCCAUCAGCGAUGAUGACGUCUCCACUGCUUCGCCCAUCAUUGCAUCACUUCCUGUCGCUGAGGCUGUUGGGUACUGCGGGUACCGCGGCCCCAAGGACAGGGGAGCGGUUGGCAGUGGCACCGUCACAGGGGUUUGCAGCGGACGCCCUCCACGCUGCGUUGACCUUUGAGGACCCCAGCGCCUUCAGGGUAAAGAGCUUUGGGGAGCUUCUCCGAGCAUUAGGGGUGUUCCAACUCUGCUCUGUCCCAGUGCUGGUCAACAACUGUGGGAAGCUCAUGUCUGUAGCGCGGACUCUGCUCGGGAAAAGGGGGUUUGCCCUGCUCKUGCGGCCCUCUGUAUAUGCUCAGUUUGUGGCCGGGGAGAGUGAGGGCGAGAUCACCCAUUCCAUGGAGAAGAUGAGCACCCUGGGACUCCGCCCCAUGCUGGCUGUGCCCAUUGAAGAGGACCUGGGAGAGAGCACUGGGGAGCGACGGUACAACGACAACCUGGCGUCCAUGUUGGAAUGUGUCGACAUGUCCCAUAACAAUGCAUGGAGCAAAGAUCCCAUGAUGCAGCUGAAGAUCACUGCCUUGCUCAGUCCAGAGCUGUGUGUGAAGCUAACAACCCUGCUCUCAGAACAACAGUAUGACCUAGACCUCCUAGUCAGAGCCAUGGACGGAGAGUACAUGAACCCCGCCCUCUCGCUCGUCACCCAUGGCCAUGAUGAAGAAGUUCAACCAAGAUGGCGCUGGAUCUGGAACACCUACCUAGUGUUACCUAAGUCUUCCUCUCACCCCUCUUCCUGUUUCGCCCUUCAUUACUUUCUCUCUGUUUCUCCCCCCUCUGUCUUCCUGUCCCUUCAGGAAUCGCGGUCUCUCCUGCUCGAGGCCGUCCGCCUGUCCAUCAGCGAGUCCUUCUGUCUGGGUGUGAAGCUUGUGAGAGGGGCGUACAUGGACAAAGAAAGGAAACUGGCCAAUAGUGAGGGGUGGUCAGAACCUGUUCACGAAUCCUGGGAGCACACCAAUGACAGUUAUAACGGAUCGUUGGACAUCCUGCUGGAACUCAUCUCCCGGGACCCUCAGCGRUACCGGAUCAUAGUCGCCACGCACAACGAGGAGUCCGUCAGGCGUGCAGUUCAACGGAUGGGAGAGCUGGGAAUAGACAAAGAUGGUGGAUCUGUGUGUUUUGGUCAACUGUUGGGGAUGUGUGACCAUGUGUCUCUCACUCUCGCCCAGCAGGGUUACUUAGUGUACAAGUCGGUGCCAUAUGGCUCGGUGGACAGCACCCUGCCCUACCUGGUGCGCCGUGCCCAGGAGAACCGUACCGUGCUGCAGGGCAUCCGCAAGGAGAGAGACCUCCUGAGACUGGAGCUCCACAGGAGGCUGCGGCAGGGGCUCAGACAGGGAAGAUAGGGGUAGGGAGGAUGGGGAAGCGGGGAUGGUGUGGGCUAAAUUWGCAUUAAAGACCGUCAAUUCAGGAAGUAAACUGAAACUCUUAUUCAAUCAUUUUAAAAAGGCCAUCUACUUUUACUGAUUUCUCAAUAAAGGAUAAACAAAUUA